GCCAGCGCAGGAAAAAAAAAAAAAAAAAAACCUCUGUCAAAUUUCAGCAAAGUUUGCUGAAUUCAGAAAGAAUAAUUUAAGGUGUUUAUCAUGUAAUUUAAUUUCUCACGUCACAAAGAAAGUGAUUAUAGCUAAAUUCCAACCAGUUACAGUCAUUUGCUUUAUUGAAAGUUUAAUAUUGAGCCGGUGGGACUGAAAACAGCGUUGCUUACUGUCAACAUCCCAAAGUCUGCUCACUCAUUCUGGAACAGACUUGGUGGACCAGGCAUGGCAGAUCCCGGUAACUGCUCCAGUCUCCAGAGAACUCUCAACUUUAACGUCGGUGUCCUCGGACAUGUGGACAGCGGCAAAACGUCGCUUGCCCGGGCGCUGAGCAGCACCGCCUCCACCGCAGCAUUCGACAAGAACCCUCAGUCCAAAGAGCGAGGCAUCACGCUGGAUCUCGGGUUCAGUGCGUUUACUGUGCCCUUACCAGAGCACCUGAGGGAGGCCUGCGGAGACCGAGAAUACGACAGUCUGCAGUUCACACUGGUCGACUGCCCGGGUCAUGCCUCCCUCAUACGCACUAUCAUCGGAGGUGCUCAGAUCAUUGACCUGAUGAUGUUGGUGGUUGACAUUGUGAAAGGUAUGCAAACACAAACAGCAGAGUGCCUUUUGAUAGGCCAGCUCACCUGUUCCCGCAUGGUCGUUAUCCUCAACAAAACAGACCUGUUGCCUAGUGACAAGAGACAGGCGGCCAUUGACAAGAUGACCAAGAGGAUGCACAAAACCCUUGAGAACACUAGAUUUAAAGGCUGCACUGUAAUAGCUGUGGCAGCAAAGCCUGGUGGUCCUGAGGCCCCUGAUACAGAGAAGGCACAAGGAAUCACUGAACUCAUAGAAUUACUGAAGGCCCAGGCUUUCCUUCCUCGUAGAGAUCCAUCAGGUUCUCUUCUGAUGGCUGUAGAUCACUGUUUCUCCAUCCGUGGCCAAGGAACUGUCAUUACUGGCACCAUCCUACAAGGGUCGCUGUGUGUGAAUGAUACUGUGGAGAUACCUGCUCUAAAGGUAACCCGUAAGGUGAAAUCUGUGCAGAUGUUUCGUAAGCCAGUUCCUAGUGCCAUGCAAGGGGAUCGGGUUGGUGUAUGUGUGACACAGUUUGACCCAAAGCUACUGGAACGAGGUGUAGUAUGCACACCAGGUUCAUUGCAAACUCUUUAUGCUGCUAUUAUAUCUAUUCAAAAGAUUGAAUACUAUCGUGGAGCACUUAGCAGCCGUGGAAAGUACCACAUUACCGUUGGACACGAAACUGUUAUGGGGCAUAUUUCAUUCUUCAAUCGAGUGCUUCCCAACAACAAAUCAGGAGAUGGUAGCCUCAACUCUCAGGAGCAAAGCUCAAACUCUUUCUCAUUUGAUUGGGAGUUUCACCAUCUAGAUGAGUAUUUGACAGAGGGUGAGAGAAGGGAACCACAACAAUGGGCGUUACUUGAGUUUGAACGGCCGGUCACAUGUCCAUCACUUUGCUUAGUGAUUGGGUCACGGCUGGACUCAGAUAUCCAUGGUAACACAUGCAGGCUUGCCUUUCACGGAAAGCUAUUGGAAGGGUUCGAGGACAAAAACUACACCGAAACCACACUGCCUCGGCUCAAAAUCAGCAAAGACAAGCAGAAAGAAGGAGCUGUGGAGCGGGUGACAGAUGACUACACUGUGAUUGGUCGAAACCUGUUUAAGAAGGAGACCAACCUUCAGCUGUUUGUGGGCUUAAAAGUCACACUGUCGACUGGAGAGACAGGAUACAUUGAAGGGAGUUUUGGCCAGAGUGGCAAGAUUAAAAUCAGAAUACCAGAGGGGCUGAAAGAAGAAACCAAACAGCUUCUAUCCACUUCCUCUAAGAAGAAGGGCAAAGGUGGAAACAAAAAUGAAUCAUCCAAAUCAGAGGAAACCAAACCAGACUCUCAGCCAGUCACCAUUCACCUGAACUUCAAACGCUAUAUUUAUGACCCCCAUAAAAAGAUGGUGCAGUCCUGAUCCUCACAUUGAUCACUCUUGAAGAAACCACUUAAGUAGAGCUUAAAGGGGAAGUUUAACAGAAAUAAAAAUGUUCUGAUCAGUGAGAUCAGAUGCUGUGUAAACUAAUGACUGAGAUAUGGAGCUUGAAACUUUUGUACAUGUUUUCUGAGUUUCUAUUAUGUUACCAUUAUUUCUCGCAACCUAGUUACAUAUAGAAAAAUAAAACGAUUCAAAUUAGUUAAAAAGAUAAAGGAUGUAAUGUUCACGACAGCUUUCCCAUUCUGACAGAUGCUGGUAUAUGCUUGCUAAUAAAAAAAAUCCAUUAGUUAAACCAGGUAAUUUUAUUUGGUAUGCAAGUGUGUGUGAAGAGUGUGUGUCUUUGUGUUAGCAUAGUGAGAGGGUUCUUUAGACAUGGCUUUAGGGCAGGACAUAUUGUAUGUUUAGUCAAAUAUUUUUCUUGGUAAAUCUUGUGCAAAAUACGUUUCUACACACCUUACCCUCAGUAACCCCAUUUAUAAAUGUAAAUUUUUUUCCAUUACUCAAAUGUGUGUUUUUAAUUUUGCAUGUAUGUUUCCAAAACAUACAUGCAAGUAAUAAGAGAGAGAGAGAGAGGGAGAGACAGGAAAAAAGAAAACCGAAUGACCUUUUUAGCACUGCAAUGACUCUUAUUGUUUACCUUUACAGAUUUGUAUGUCUAUUCCUGUUUCAGUUUGACAACUUG